GAUGGCGCGCGGAAGGCAUGGUUGGUUUUCUCCCGUUUUCCAUCUACUUUGCGAGGUUAGUAGCGAUUAUAGAUAGAUCAAACAGAAAGAACUGUAUUAUUUAUCUUUUUAAACAGUUUUAGAAGUGCUUGUGAUAAUGGUUUACUUUACAUUUGGUAAGAUCUUGACCCUCACUCUCGAGGCUCAUGUGCUUAAUGUAGCUUAUCAGGCUUAAGCACAACUCUUUCAAUAAUUCAAUCUCACCCUUCAGGGAGUUUUCAACGAUUUGAUUUUUAAAGGAAAAUCGGUGCAUUUCCAAAAUCGUAUGAGGGUUUUAUUUGCAAAUUGGCCUUUUUAAAAAGUGCAAUGGAGCAAACUGUGUAUUUGUGUGCUUAGUAGCCAAGCCUUUGCCUUGUCAGUGGGAAGCGGGGGUGUUUUUGGGAGAAGAACUGGAAGGGAGAUCUCCUUCAUUUAGAUUCUUCUCUCUCUCUGAGGGUAGCAUUUUUGGGAUGGGGUGGGGGAGGGGGUUGGGGGCUAGGAGGGUUGCAUUUGAGGGGACAACUGGAAUGAAAAAAAGCCUUUCAAUUAAAUUAUUGGAAUUGAAUUUAGGGCAUAACACUAAUGAGGCUAUUAUAAAAAUUAUUCAUUUCUAAUUAGGGAAAGGGUAAUUCAAAAAUGGUAAUGACAAAUUGGAAAUUAAAAUCAAGAUGCCCCUGAUUAAAGGGUACAGGGUAUGGACACCAAGGUAAAACAGACAUCUAGAGUUGGUCCCUGAAGAAGCAAGAUUCCUGACUGUUGAUGAAGAUGAUGAUUAUUUUUUUCAUAUCAGAUAUGUCCAGCAGAUGUGUCAAGACUUCAACAGCCAGGAUUUUGAGCUAAUUAUCUUUGGCAUUGUAAGUGCUGUAUAUUGCUAUAGCAUAUGUAUUCAAGCUCCUGAGUGAACCAGAUAAACUAAACUGCUAAUACAGCUUCUUCAAAGUAAGAUUGAGGCAUGGCUUCAUCAGAUUUUUUUGGGACAUACCUGGCCUAAUUUAACACAAAACUCAAAACUUUUUCAAAUUUGAUGUAUCUGUAAAAUGAGAGAUAUGCUAGUGAAGGAAAAAAAUAUUUUUGAGUGACUUGACUUCUUCUUUAUUUCUGUCAAUAUGUGGCAAGUUGUUUCUUGUUUACUAGUGAGAAUUAAGACAGAGAUUCAACAAAAUUUUCAGACUCAAAGGAAGAAUGAAAAACAUUUUUGGUAAUUGCUCUCCUUAGCCAAUAUUUUAUGUGUAUUUAUCUAUAUUUAAAUGAAUGUUUCUUGAGAUCUUUUCAUGCAAGACAGCUAAAAUCUCUAGGACAGUUUGAGGCCAAAGAGUACAUUUUUUUCAAAUUCAGAUUCCAAUUCAGUAUGGAAUUAAUUUUUGACUGAUAGCAUGAAGAUGGCAUCAAGUUUGUUUUUUUGACUACCUAAACAUUCAGGAUCGAAGUGACCCUGCAUAUGAUUUCAGAGACGAAGGUGAUAACAUGCUCACAACAUUCUUCCAUUUAAAAACAAAAGAAAUUGACUUUAACACACCUACAAAGGAUGCUAGAGCACAGUUUAAUGAGCCUGUGCCUUUGUCUCACAGAACAUGCUAAAAACAAUAAAGUGUGCAUCAUAGAACAAUGAAGUGUGAGCAGGCGAACAUGGAAAACUGUUAACCUCUGAUAAAAAAAGCUAGCGUGCAAGACGACACCUACUUAAGUGUGCAACUUAGUGUGCUAUAUGGCACGCAAACUUACCGGACGAGAAGUGAAAGUCAUUGUGAUACAAUCAUUUGAUGUGAAAGCCGAAGCUCUUAUCGGUAAAGAAUGGUCAGCUCCAUGAUCAGAAAAACAAAGCUGAAACGUUUUCUACAAACAAGUCAAGGAUUUAGUAAAUCAGACUCUUUGAACUGUUGGUUUAUAUUGAGCCUGACUUUUUUCCGAAAUAUCACAAACGUAUUUCUUCUAGCUUUCUUUUAGAGCACCCUCAAGUUCAAGGUUGAAAUAAUACUGAACGAAUUGCCUCGACCGCAUAACACGAGCUAACACGAUCUUCAAUCUUUCAAUCUUUUUUUAUUUCACACUAUGUAAGGCAUUUACGCAAAUGUAUGUACAUUAAGAUAGGAUCAACCAAGUAGCUGAUAAAUAAUCAUUAAACUAAAAGACAUUAAGUUCAUUUGUUUACAGUUUCUAAAGUAGCAAGAGCUUUCUUGUUGGACACCAUCAUGUUCAGAUAAUUGGCAGCAUCACAGAGAGGAAAUAAAAUCUCAAAUAAUAUCAGUGAUAGAACAUAUAAGAAAGUUUAAGAUCAGAUUUGAUUGAUUAGAAGAUAGGACUUCCAUUCUUUCUUAAACUUAUGAUGGCAGACACUUGAGGCCAAGUGGUACAGUCUCCCAGAUUUUUGGAGCAGAGAAUUUAAAGGACAUCCUACCUUAGUUGGUGGAUAUUCUUGGCCUAAGAUAAAUCAGAUUACUGACAAAUCUUGUAUUAUAAUGGUGUAUAUGCGAUGCUUGAUUCAGGACAUCAAGGAAGAUGUCAGGAAUGCUAUCAGUUUCAUUUCUCAUUCUAUGUAUAAGGCAACAUAUUUUUAAUUUAUAUACAGUAUAUUAUAUCUAAUUUAGGGAUUGUUAGGAGUUUGAAAUAGGGAGCAGUACUCUCUCUAGGAUGUGCAAUACAAAUACAAUCUAAUCUGGUUUUGCUGGCACAUCCCAAAGCAAGAAUACUGUAACUCAAAUAGGGAUAUAUUAAAAUGUAAUUAAGUUGUUUCAGUAUAUUCAGAUCUAUGAAAUAUCUUAGUUUUGAGAGGAUUUGUAAAUUUUUAGCUAAUCUAUUAUUUACAUGUUGUGUCUGUGGUUGCCAAUCAAGAUGUUUUAUAAACUAAAAUACCUUAUGUAAUCUUUCUGUUCAAUACCAGUGAUGUUUAUCUUUGGGUGGCAUCUAGAUGAUGAGACUGACAUAAUUAUAGUUGGUCUUUGCAGAAUUAAUAGCUAAUUUAUAAAUGAUUUAGAGCACAGGAGUCAUAAAUUUGUUUUUAAGCUCUUGAUUCAUUAUGGAUUCAAGUUGUUUUAAGUUCUUGCUAGAGAAGAAUAAAUUGGAAUCAUCAGCAAAGCUCCGCACUGAAAGUUUGCCAACACAGUUUAGUAAAUUGUUCACAAAAAUAAAAGGGGACCUAGAGUCAAGCCGUGGGAUUUACAGCAGGUAAUAUUUUUAUAGCUAGAUUUAGUAGAGUCAAUUUCAACAUAUUGUCUUCAAAAGGUUGAGUUUGAUCGUCCGGGUGGAUGUAGUCCUGAAUAGGACUGUUGUUGUUGAUGGUUACUGACGUUUCGACAACCUGUGCAGUAGUCAUCUUCAGAGUUAAAGUGAGUUGUAUCACGUCAGUUGAUAUUAUACUCUGGUUAUUGAUCUGAUUGGUCAAUUAUGUCGCGAUGUUAUUGGUCGUCUGUCAGUUAAGUCGUGAUGUUAUAAAGACUAGUAAUCAGUGAUUGGUACGUUUCGAUCCGUCUAUUGUCCCAGUUAAACAGUCGUCUAUUGCUAGUCAAAUUGUCAGUUCUCCAGUUGUUCUCUCGUAGUUAGUUUUGCUUGAUCUCCUCAAUAAGUGGCUUGUACAGCGCUGGUAUUGUCUUCAGUUGUGCAAACAACUUUUGAACCAAUUAUGUGGUAUACCCCGAAUUCCAUAUAGAUAGAGUUUAGAGAGCAGUAUUUUAUGAUUUACUGUGUCAAAAGCCUUUUAUAGGUAAAGAAAAAAACCACAUGUUAUUUGACCUUUAUCAGUAGCAAGCUUCAGAUUGUCAGUAAUUUCAAGAAUAGCUUGUUCAGUGGAAUAUCCUUUCCUAAAUCCAAACUGAUGUUUGUUCAAGAUUUGGUGUUAUCUAUGAAUGAAUAUAAUUGGUUAUAGACUAGACGCGCAAGCACUUUACUGAGUGGUGAGAGAGUUACUAUGGGCCGAUAGUUGCUAGAGUCUGUAGCAUCACCACCCUUAUACACCAGGCAGAUUUGUGAGACUUUUAAAAUAUCAGGAACAAUUCCAGUUUCAAUAGACUGGUUAUAGAUAUAUGUUAAAGGUAUUGACAAUGGCUGGGCAGCUAUUUUGAUUAAUUUAUUAGGAAUGUCUAAGGAUGGCUUAUGAUAAUUUAAACAUUUAAAUAGUGAACAUACUUGGUUUCAGUAACACAGGACAUAACAAAGCUAGCUUUUAAGUGGAGUCAUUCUUAUGAAUUGGGUCAGACUUCCUUCACGAUUUUCAGUUUUUUUGGCCAGGUUUUGACCCACAUUGACAAAAUGCUUAUUCAAGUGAUCAGCGAUCUCAGCCUUAUUAGUGUAGGCUCUAUUGUUAUGUUUAAUUUUCGCGAUGGGGGUUUGUCCCUUCGAAUCGCGCUUAACUAGCAUACCAUCAAUUUCCAAGAUGCCCUCAGGUUGUUUUGCCACAGGUCAAAGUGUUGUGAGAAGUAAUUCUUUUUGCAAAUGUUCUUAAGCAGAUUCAGUUUAUUAGCAUACUUUUUAUAUUCUGUCACCUUAAUUGAAUUGUUAGAAAGAAAGUGUGUUUUGUAUAAUUUAUGCUUAGUUUUACUUGAUUUGAGAAAUUAUACCAUUAGUUAUCCACCGCUUUGUACACAAUUUCUGUUUCUUUUGGGACAAUUAGACUAAAUUGCCUAAUUAGUGCAUGUUUAUCUGCAAUUGAUUGUGUUUCUUAUCUGGUAUAUUUGUAACACAGACACCUGCGGGGUUGUCAUUAAGAGCCCGGAGCCGGGGAUUUUCCCUGGCUACUAAGAGAGUGGCCCCCAGCUACUUUUACUGGAAAAUAGAAGAAAAAUAGAACCAAAAGAAAUCCCAAGCCAUUUGAUUCCCUGCCUACUUGUUGUAUUUACCUGGCAACUUGAAAUCAAGAUGGGGUUUUUGUUUUUGGGAGUAGGUAUUUCAACCAAAACAGAUUCUACGAGGGGCAUAUCCAAAGUUAUAACUUACCAUAGGAAUCAUGUUAAAGCUUUACUGACAUAAAGAGCAACCCCUCCCACCGGGGUUGGAAAAUCAGUUUUGUAGAUGUUGUAGUUAGUCAGCUGAGUCAUCUAGUCUGGUUUCAGAAAUUCCUAAUACAUCAGGCUGUUCACUUAAAAGAAUACAGCAUAUCUUCAAGCAGGCUAAUAUUUUUUGAUAAGCUACUAAUGUUUACAAGGAAGAAAUGAAGAGGAUUUUGCUCCUGUUUUACUCAGAACCUUAUUCAAACUGGGAAUAUCAUAGUAAUCAGAUUGAGAGUUAAUUGAUAUAUGAUCAGGGUCGGCAUCAUCAGAUUUGUCGGAGUUGGGUAGCAAAUUAUAUAAAUCUAAAUCUUUCAAAUUAUCUAUCUGCAAGUGACAGGAUCCAUUUAGAAUAUGAAAUUCUCUGUCAUCUAAGUCAUGAAAAGGUGAAGCUUGCAGACUAUUUUGGGGAUAAUUCAGAUUGAACAUGUAUGUGUCUAUAGGUUAAGUAUUAUUAUAGGGCACAUAAUAAUUGUAGAGAAGAAAAAAGAAUUACGAAUUACUGCUUAGCUGUAAAUCUUUAGCUAUAAAAUUAUAAUUAUUAUGAAGUCUAUCCUUUGAAGUGUUUUCAUUUUUGGUACAUAAGUGUGAAGGUACGUAUUGAUGUGCACCACAUGCGAUCGGUAGAAAGAUUGAAAUAUGAUCUUGUACAGCCACCGGGAAUCUUUUUCAAAAACUGUAAUUUUUGUGAUUGUUUCAAAAAUUACUGCUAAACGAGAAAUCUCCAAGUGGACUGUUUGUAGCAACACAGAAAACGCUAACUUCGAUUGUUGCAGACCCAUGCAAGUAAACUUUGCAUGUCAUGUAUAAUUUGAAACCUCUUGCUUUUACACACAUUGAAAUUUUUUUCUAAAUACAUACAACAGCAACCUAAGCUUUCUAAAAUCAGCUAAAAGCAAGAAGAAACAGUCAUGUUUUUAAUACUCCAGGUUUUUCUAAGACUUUUAAAUUCAUUCGAGAUCAUUAAGUUUUUAGACAAGAAACUUCAUCUGCACUACAGCGGAAUUCACAGAAGCAAAUUUCAAAUGCUUGUUUGUUUACUUUUUAUCAGAGGAAAUUUUUUUGCCUAGAGCUGGUGAUCAAAAGUUACACCUUUUCAUUGCAAAAGUGCAGAGUGAGCAGGGAAUUUUGUUGUCCGUUCUUUGGAAGUUGGGGUAGAGGCUAUCCAAUAAAAGAUUAAAUUUGUAUGAGAGUUACGUUUUUUUUAAGUACCUUUUGUUUUACUUUAGCAUGUUAAUCUUUGUCAACUUGCACACUAAGCAUGUCAUCGAUCACACUAUAUUAAAACAAAGGUUUAGGAUGCUAACUACACCGAAACAAAACAUAGUGUGUCCUUGAUUGUUUCAGUAAUUAAUUAUGCACAUAAAGUGUAUCUUUGGACACACUAAGCGUGUUGUGUCAGCGUGUUGCGAGUGUGUCAUCACCUUUCUCCCUGAAAUCAUAUGGAGGGUCACAAAUGUUAAUAUGCUCUUAAAAUUAAGUCUUUAAAUGAACUUUUUCGCAUAAAUAGCAAUUUGUCCAGGAGUAGCAGGCACAAUUUACUUUGAACAAGCUGUGCCACUUUGUUAAAUGACAAUUAUGUAAUACUAGGUUCUGGCUUAGUAUAGUUUGCUGACUGGCUGUCUCAUUGACUGACUGACUUACUGAUUCACUGAAAGACUAAAUGACUAACUAGUCCAGUUGACUGACUGAGUGACUAUUAAUGGCCGACUUAAAGUUGGGUGACCAACCAACCAACUUACUGACUUAUUGAUGGACUGGCUGACUAAUUUGCUGACUUCCUGACUGACUGGCUGGCAAGCUUGCUGACUGGCUGACUUGCCAAGUUACUGACUCAGUGACUGGCUGAAUGGCUGACUUUUUGACUGACUGACUAAUUGUCUUCAACCGACUGACUGAAUGGCUGACCUGCUAAACACCUGCCUUAUUGACUAACUGAAUAUAACUGACUGGCUGACAUGCUGAGUGAGUGACUGAUUGACUAACCAAGUGACUCAUUGAUGGACUGACAAACUCUCUGACUGUCUUGCUGACUGACUGAUCUGGAGUAGCAGACACAAUCUGCUUUGAACAAGCUGUGUCACAUUGUUAGAUAAUAAGUAUAUAAUGCUAAGUUCUGCUUUGAUUCCUACAUUUGAUUGGACUGAUAAUAAUGGCUGACUUGUUGGCUUGUUGACUGAUUUGAUGAUGUACUGGCGGACUGAUCGACUGACUUAAUAAUUAACUUACUGACUGUCUAAAUGACUGACUUACAGUUGACUGACUAAUCAACUGACUGACUUAUUGAUAAACCGGCUACUUGCUGACUGACUGACUCAUUGACUAACUGACCAACUGGUUGACUUGCUGAGUGACUGUCUCAUUAACUGACAGAAUAGCUGACCUGCUAAAUGACUGCGUUAUUGAAUAACUAAUGAUAACUGAGUGAGUGACUGAUUGACUAACUAACUGACUCAUUAGCUUACUGACAGACUGACUGACUGACCUAUUUACUGACAGACUAGCUGACUUACUGACUGGCUCAAUUACUGAAUGAGUGACUGAUGACUGACUGGCUGACUUUCUAACUUGCUGAUUGAUUGACUGAUAGUAUAGUAAAGGAUAGGACAGGAUUGUUGUAAUUCCUUUGUUACAGAAGCAACUCUCAGUCAUUGUGUUUGCUUAAUGUUCACACUACUCCAACUAAUUGGCUGACUGACUGAUUGACUGGUGGCUGACUUGCUGACUGACUUACUGACUUCUCUGCUUAUCAACUUACUGACCAACUGACUGGCUGACUGGUUCAAUUACUGACUGGCUGACUGACUGACUAUGUGGCUGAUAGACUGCUUGACUUACUGGCUAGCUCAUUGACUAAUUGACUUGACUGGGUGGCUACAUACUGAGAUUCAUGUUACGAAAAGGCAUUAAUUUUAAUUCCUUCAUGAUGUGAAUCAAGGUUACUGUGAUUGCUGAUAAAAAUGACUGAUUUUUCAUUUCAGAUCAGAUUUGUCCAGCAGAUGUGUCGAGACUUGAAGAGCCAGGAUAUUGAGCUUAUCUCCACUACUGUGAGUGCUUACAGAUUGCUUUGUAAUUCAGCUUUUAACUUAAUCAGGUAAACUGAAGUCGUGCAGCUUGUUUAAAGUAAGAUAGACGUACACUUUCAUCAGCUAUUAGUGGCCAUACCUGGCCUAAAUUCAAAACUGUUUCAAAUUUAAUGUCUCUGUAAAAUGAGAGAUACAUCUAGCAUGUCUGAAUAUAAUAAACAAGUGAAUGAAAAACACUACUUGAGUGACUUGACUUCUUCUUGAUGUUUACAUUUGGCAGCUGUUUCUUGUUUACCACUGAGAAGACAGAGAUUCAACAAAAUUUUCAAACUGGGCAUGAAAGGAAGAAUAAAACAGUUUUUUAAAAGCAUUUAUUGAAAUCAAAUGAAUGUUUGUUUUGAUCUAUUCAUGAUGGACUGCUAAAAGCUCUAAAACAGUUUGAGGCCAAAGAGUACAUUGUGUACAGACCAGUUCCAACAAGUAGCACAUGUGUAAAUGGGACUGAAAAAAUUGUUCAUUUUCAAAUUCAUUUAGAAAUUAUUUUGUAUUAUUGAGAUUAUGAUAGCAUUAAGGACCUUGGGUUUUUUCUUUCCAGCUUAAUUGUUUUAAAUAAUCAUAUGGAUGCAGUUAAAAUCAAAUCUUAAAAUUUUAAAAGUUUUUUUACAUGACAAAUGCCAAUUCAUACGUGAUCUGUUUUGAGCAAGCUGCACUACAAUGUUGGCAUAAUAAUGCCAAGUUCUUCUUUUAGUCAUUUAUCAUAGUUCUGCAAUCUACAUGAUGCCAUUUGAGUGGACUGAUUUAUUGACUGAUUGACCUUUUCUUUGAAUGAGUGGUCCUUAGCUGAUUGACCGACUGACUAAAUGAGUGACUUGCUGACUAACUAAAUGACUGUCUUGCUGAUGAGAUGACUGACUACAUGACCGAUUGAUGGACUGUCUAACUGUCUUACUAACCAACUUCCUGCAGAUUAUAUUACUGAUUAACUGACUAAAUAACUGACUGACGGACUCACUGACUUAUUUGGUGACUGACUGACUUAUUGACUGACAAAAUGGCUAACUUGUUGUUGACUGACGGACUAAUUUACUUACUGAAUGACUGACUAAAAGUUGACUGACAAACUGGAAAAUGGAUUGACUGAUUAGCUGACUUGCUUUACUGACUGACUGGAUGGCUUUCAUGCCAAUUGAGUGGCUGUCAAUUUGACUAGAUUACUGAUGGACUGGCUGAUUGACUGACUGACUGCCUAACAUGUUGACUGAUUGACUUGCUGACUGACAAACUCAUUGAUUGACUUGUUGAGUAACUGACUGACUUAUUGACCUACUGACUAGUUAACUGACUGGCUGACUGACUGACCAGGAGGGAGGAUCAAAGACCGGACCUGGGAGACGGCGGAAAUCGAGCCUACUGUCUGACAUACAAACUGAACAACAGAGUGACUGACUGAAAAGCUGACUAAUUUACUUACUAACUAAUCAGCUGACUAAAUAACUGAGCAACUCAGUAACUGGCUAACUGUCUAACUGACUGAUUGACUAACUGAGCAAAUUAGUUACUGGCUAACUGUCUAACUUACUGAAUGACUUAGUAACUGAGUUACUAGCUGAUUGCUUAACUGUUUAACUGACUGGCUGACAGAAUGGCUGACUGAAUAACUGACAGAAUGACUGACUGAUUGAACACCAUACCAAGUGUCUGACUAACUUCAAGCAAUAAACCAACUGGCUGACUGAGCUGAAAAAGCCACUGACUGGCUGACUGGCUACUCCUGACUGACAGACUGACUAACUGACUGACUGAUCAACUGACUGAGUGACUGACUGUGUAAGGAGGGGAGGGGACUGUUAUCAAGGCAGGAGUGCCGUUUGCUAGUACAGUCAAGGGGUGUGUGUUUUUAAAUUAUUAUACAGUACCGUUCAAAAGUAAGUUGACACUCGAUUCUCGAUUGUUGCGUCUCUAUUCCCGAUUCCUGCAAGACUUAUCAAACCGGAACGGCCUCUGUUUACAAACGAUUAUAAAGGGUUUUGUUUCGAGUAAUUUGCUCUCUACUCUCGAUACUCAAUUGCUGCGAGAAUCUACAAUCUUUGUUCAAGUUUUGUGCAAUCUUCUAACUUCGCUCACGUCAAAAAAAAUCUCUCUAAUCUAUAAAAUAACAAACUCUACUCAGCGUUUGAUUCUUGCGAGAAAUUCCUGAACUAUGCAGAUUAUACAGUAGCAGUUUACAUUUGCAUUCGCUCACACGGCAAGGGUGACACUUUGCGUCGAAUUCUUAAAUAUGUUCGAACGGCAUUUUGCAUCAUUUAAAUGGCAGAAGUUGUCAGUAAUUUCCCGUGGGAUGCCUGUGGCACACCACGUAAAAACGAGCAAUUGCAAAGCCCGCUAAUAGGAUUGCGGAAAAUCUCUAUCGAUUAUUUCUUCUUCCGAGCUGACCAGUGGGAUUGUACAAAAUCUUUAUCGAUUUUCAAUCAAUUUGCUUCCUCUGAACGUUUCGGAACGUGCCAGUCUGGGAACGUGCCAAAUUUGUCGCUUGUCAGUUUCCCACUCGAAUGUUAGGACGCCUUUUUAAACAGCAAAAUCCUUCGGAAUGCUGGCAAGUCACUGGAAGCGACCUAGUAGACCUAGGCCAAAUUAUUUCUUUUUAUUUUGGGUUUUUCCCAUCAUGAUUCUUUUUAGGUUAGGUCUAGCUUUUUCUUGACGUUUUAGUAGCGUCUGGUUGUAGGGACGGGAUUUCGCAUAGUUUUUUUGCUAGAGUUCAGUUUUUUCUUUUCUUAUCGAAAACACCUUGACGAUGGGAGGUUAAAUCGCGUAAAUUUCAACUCGUACCCUUGACGAUUGGCGGUGAAAUCGCGAAAAUAUUGUCCUCGUCGAUCGAUGACUCGCUUUCCACAUGAAUUGGACUUUUGGAUGGGACACGGAUCCGGACCUUAGUGAACUUAUUAUACCUCGGAAUCAUGGAUAACCGUUGGAACUUUUUUAACUUUGAGACCUUGGAAACACAUUGCAAUUUAAUUUUUAACCGGAUCAAGAGCUUCUUGGAAUAUUAACUUUCAUCUAGGAUUAAAACAUUGGAACUUUAUCAACUAUUUCUUUCCGAUUUCCUUUAUUUUGCCAAAUUCAGAUAGAACGCAACGAUGCUUACAUAGACCAAUGCAUCCCACGGGAACGACUUUUGGCGUCUUGUUAUCUGUAGAAUCCAAAAUACUUGUAAAAGGAAGCUUGUGUAAAUAAAUGUUAAAUACGCGACGGUGUGUAAACAAAGUCUCAAGGCGCUUCUCGUUGCUUUCGAAUUUUACUCGCCGAUAUUUUUUCGAUUGCCUGUUUGUGAAUGGCCAUCGGCAUUAUCGCAGUUGAUUAUCGGUGUCUACAGUCUGAGGGUGUCUUUUUUUCGCUGGUAACUUUACUUUGUAAUUUGACCUCUUGACGAGAAUUGCUGUUUUCGCGAUAUGCGAUAGCAUCUCCCUUUGAUAUUUCACCCUUUGUUUUUUAUGAGACGUGAUUUCCUACAUAAAAGUUUCGAAAAAUCCAGAAACGUCCAGGAGCUUUGAAAACAAUAUUUUGUCUCGUGCAGUACAAUCCAAUUUUGAAGUUAACAUCGCGCAAGUUUUCAUCACAGUAGUUGCAGAAAGUUCACGCAUAUCAUGUUCAAUCGCGGAGGAAAGAAGAGAGACUUACGAGAGAUUAUCUCAAAGGCCUCAAACUUAAAAGAACGCGCUAAAUUUCCUAGUAGAAUUAAAACCAUUUGUUUCACGAAAGUUUUCAAGGAUCACGAGAGCAAUUUCAGAGCAAGAGAUUAGUCAUGUUACGGACGGACGUGUAUGUUACAGCUGAUCUUUAUCAAGCGAAGCGACGUUACAAAAUAAACAUCCUGUUGCUUGUACCGCGGAGGGGAGCAGAACUCCCAUAUGAAAGGGGGGGAUGCUCGUCGUCUCUCUUAGGGGUGUAAAUUUCUGAUUUGGUCUCACUUAGGGUGUUCUGAGCAAAACGUCAUUAUAUUAAGCCGUAAAGGUCUCUUUUAGGGUUGCACGCGAAGAUAUACAUUUAAUAGUCAGUUCGUUUCAUUUACUCAAUUCGUGUAAUCAAAGUUUUCUAUAACAUGAAUAAUUAAAGAACAUUGCAACAAAAUGGUCUCUUUUAGGGGUUAAAAAAAGGUUGGUCCACCUCCAGGUUGGUCUCCUUCACGGGUUUUUCAAAAUUUCCGACCAGCAUCCCCGCCCCUUUCAUAUUUGAGUCCCCCGGGUAAAAAAUAUACCUAUUGCGUGACAUUGCGCUACAUCUCUUGCAGCGUGACGCGUCACAAAAAACAGCAAAAAUCCCGUCAGGGAGGAGCUCUGGUGGCCAUUUUUUCCCAUUUAACCUCUGGGACGGAGGUAACCGUUUAACCUCUGGUGCCGAGGUUCCCGUUUAACCUCUGGGACCGAGUUAAUAGUUCGAGCACCUCCCUGCACUUGCUGGGCCGGAGUUUGGUGACCGUCAGCAAGCUCGACAGCCCCCCCCCGGUAAGUCGCAUCCGCACGGAUUAGUCAAGCAGGCUUCAGAGAGUUGGCCAUCUCUCACCGCCCUAUAACCCCACCGGAAAUAAUCGACCUAACUUUGCCUUAGAAAAUCGACCUAUAUAUUUAGAUCGAAAACUCAUUUCGCUCCCUUAUGGUACGCUUCUUCACAGGCGCAUGCGUUUUUGGCCCCCCAAAAUUAUUUGGACUUUUCGUUGAUUCAUACACAACAUCCCCAUUCACUCAUUUGUAAAACAUGUUUUUUCUUCAAAAUCUCGGCUAGCCCAGCUUUCAACAAACUCCUGUUAAUAAUAAUAUUUAUUGAGAUGACUUUUUCAUAUAAAAUAUGGUUUUCAAAAAGGAUCUCAUAAAAUUAAAAAAAGAAAAUACAAAACACACAAUUCGCAAAGACAUUAAAAAGCUAAAAUAUGAAAAAACUAUUAAAAUGUACAAGAUAUUAACUCAAAUUCAUUGAAAUUACAAAUUUAAUAAGAUUACGUUUAAAAAUAUUCAGAUUCACGGAUUGUCUGAUUGCCUGGCUAAGGGAGUCAAAAUCCUUGAUGGCAUGAAACGCAUUUAAGUUACAAAUUUAAAAAGAUUACGUUUAAAAAUAUUAAGAUUCACGGAUUGUCUGAUUGCCUGGCUAAAGGAUUUAAAAUCCUUGAUGGCAUGAAAUGCAGUGCGUUGUUUGCCCCAAUUCCUCUUUACACUUGGAGGUCUGAGAUUCAGCUUAGUUCUGGUAUUAUAAUCAUGUUGUUCUUGCUGUCUUAUGAAGUUCAUAUCAUGCUCAACAAGUCCAUUUAAACACUUAUACACAUAACUACAUCUUCUCUGAAAAUGCCCUUUUUCUAAUGGAACCCACUUAUGAGUGGCAAGUGCAUGCAUAGCAGAUGAAUAAAGAGGUCUGUCUGAAAUUAUUUUAGCCGCCUUAGUCUGCAAGACUUGCAAACUGGUCAUUAAGGUUACAUUAUGCUUGUCUCCCCAAACAAGGUCUGCAGAAUCAAAUAAAGGCACGACAAGACUAUUAUAAAAAAGAAGGAGUGCACUAAAAGGUAAUAAAUGCUUAAUGUGAUUAAGGAGACCAAGCCUUUGAUUAGUUUUACCAGCAAUGUAUUCAACAUGAUUUGUCCAUGUAAAAUCAGGUGAUAUAACAAUUCCAAGGUAUUUGAAGUGUUGACAUUAUUUACAUUGUGGUCGAAGAUUGAUACUAUUACAGCCAUUUUUCUUUCCAAUUUCAUAUUACUUCCUACAAGCAUACAUUUGGUUUUCUCGAGAUUCAAAGUUAGCUUGUGAUUGUUUAGCCAUUUCGCUAUGGCCAACAAGUCGCGAUCUAGAUUAUCACUGAGCUCCUGGGACGAUGAGCUGUAAGAGUAAAUCACGGUGUCGUCUGCAUAGAGGGAUGCAUUACAACAAAACAUAUGCCUAUAGCUUAGACAACAAGAUCUGAUGUUCCACCGUAUCAAAAGCUUUUGUUAGGUCCAAAAACACGGCUCCACAUAGUCUACCCUGUUCCUCAUUGAGAAGGAGUGGACAGUCCCUUCUGAAAUCCAAACUGUUUUCCUGAGAGGCAUUUAUUGGCAACCAGGAAGUGGUAUAACUGUGUAUGUACAGCUUUCUCAAGAAUCUUGCUGAGUGUAGGCAGAAUAGAGAUAGGUCGGUAGUUUGAUGCAUUUGUCCUGUUCCCUGAGUUAAACAGGGCUGUAUUUUAAAACAUGUCCGCAAUUUAGGAAAUUUACCAGUUUUAAUUGAUAGAUUCAGUAACUCAGUAACAGAUAGUGCAAUUGUAUGAGCAGAGUUUUUGAGCAAACUUGCGCGAAUUUUGUCCAAGCCGAUCGCCUUGUUUGUCUUCAGAGUGAGGUGCUGCUGAAGCACAAAUCAUUCCUCUAGUUCGGCCAACUGGAACUGAGACUUUGGCAAAUCUGUUUUUGAAUUACAACUCGGCUAAGUAGUUGUUAUUUUAUCAGCGAGUCGCUUACCAAUAGAUGCAAAAAAGCUAUUCAUUGCUGAAGCAAUAGAUUUAGGUGUAGUGUGCUGAAUUUCAUCAGAAAUAAUGCACUGGACACUUUCUGAAGUAGAGUUACGAUAACAAACUUCAUUGACCUCAUUCCAAACUUUCUUCUUCGCAUUCCCUUUGGCAUCCUGAAACAAGUCACAGUAAUACUUCAUCUUGGCAGAUUUAACUAAGCAGUUGACCUUGUCUCUCAGUUUUCUAUAGGUGUUCCAGUGUUGAGAGGAGUUUGAUUUCAAUGCCUUUCGAUGAAUCCAGUCUCGUUCUUUCAUUCGUUCUCAGUGAUGCGCCACGGAACAUUCCUAAGUUCAUUGUUAAAUAAAUUAGCAUCAAAAUUCUUGUAAGAGCGAUACUCAAAUGAUCUCAGUUGGGCCUUAAUAAAAACAGCAGCUUUCAAAAUGCAAAACACCAAGUAGUGAUCACUCAGCAGAACCGGAAUAACACCAGAUUUAACAACACGAUGAUCAUUAUUGACAAAAAUUAAAUCAAUCAGUGCCCUAGAGGUGUCAGUUAUUCGAGUGGGCUCUUUUAUUAACUGAGUCAAGUCAAAAGUGCCCGAAAAAUUGAGUAGUUCGUGUUUAUCAUUUUUUGGCAAUUUCGAAUUGGACAUCAUAUUAGUGUUAAGGUUUCCUAAAAUGAUCACAUCUGAUUUUACCAGGUCAACAUUAGGCAUGCCAAAAUAAAGGUUUGGAAGUCAGUAUUUGGAUCUCUAUAAGCACAGCAAAUUAAUGUGGGUUUGCAUUUGACCCGAAUCAACUCAAUCCAUAAACAUUCCUGGCUGCCAGUGUAAAUGUCAUUCCAUAGACGAAAUGCCAAUCCUUGCCUGAUAUGAAUCGUAACACCACCAUAUCCCUCUUUCUCUCCAAUGCGGUCAUGUCUAACACACACAAACCCAGGAAGUUUAAUUUCCACAUCGCUUGUAGAACUGUCCAACCAAGUUUCAGACAAAGUACGUUGAUGGUCUUGUUGUCAAUCCCCUCGAGAUGCAAAGAGUCUGAUUUUCAAGUGAGCAAUCUUGAGACCUCGAGUGGUCUUAAUACCAUCGAAUGUCAGGUAGCCAGGAUUUGACUCAAUAUCUCCAGCCAAGGCAAUAAGAGUCAGGGCAAAGCAGGUGUGCUGAAAAAGUUUACAGAGCAUUACGCCCUUCUGAAGUCGAUCAAACUCGUACCUAUGGGUCGGUUGACUUUGGCGAAAUGAAGCUCCUGCAAUUUCAGCCCUGCAAUUGAUCUGUGAAAUGAAAAAUGUUUCUCUGUAGUCUGAUAAGGUGUUCUCCCAUGAGUAUGAAAUCCUAUGACGUUCGAAAGCCAUGUAAAUAGAGAGAAAGACACAUAAAUUUGCUGAGAGCCUGAAACUGCGGCCAGCUGCCAUCGUCAAUCAAUAGGGAGCAUUGAAUUCCUUUCAGUUUGUAUUUGAGGAAACUUUCCGACUUGAAAACAGUAGGAUGACUUAUAUUACUAGGAUGACUGGGAUAACUAGAAUGACUAGGAUUACUGGGAUGACUGAGAUGAAUUGGAUGAAUAGGAUGACUGGGACAACUGGGAUGACUACUAAGGAUGACUUAGAUGACUAGGAUGACUGGUAUGAAUAGACCCAUUGGUAAUAUUAUAUUAAAAUUCACACUUGGCUCCGAGGCUUUGGGAAAUAAAACAAAAGAAAUCAUCUUGAGGCUCAGCAAUGAAUAAUACAUUUCUUUUGUUUUAUACCCCCGAGGCUGGGGGCCAAGUAUGACCGUGAGGAAUGGGAUUACUGGGAUGACAAGAAUGACUGGUAUGAAUUGGAUGGCUAGGAUUUCUGGGAUGACUGUGAUGAAUGGGAUUACUGUGGUGACAAGGAUGACUGAGAGUUGAGCACAAUUAUGCAAAUUUAGAGCGCUUUUGCUAGUUUAAAACAAUUUGUUAAAUAAGAUAGUAGCUUCUUGGUGUAAUAAAUGACAACCAAUUUAUGGUUUUUACAACUUUCUGAUUAUGUCAUUUCAUAUACAGUCUGAAAGUGCUUUGAAAACAAUUUUUAGUGUCAUGCAAUACAAUCCGUUCGUAUAAUUUUUCAUCACAGUAGCUGCAGUCAUGUGCUAGGCAACAAGUAGUUCAUGCGUAUCAUGUUUGCGGAAAAAUUAGCAGGCCAAUUUUAUGAGAGAUUUCCUGAAACUUUAAAGAACACGGUAAAUUUCCAAGUAGAAUUAAAACCAUUGUUUCUCAAAAGUUUCCCAGGAUCAUGAACACAAUUUCAGAGCAAAAUAUUAGUCACGUUAUAGACGGACGUGUAUGUUACAGCUGAUCUUUAUCAAUUUAAGCGGCCGGAUAAGCCCAGAAUUGUUUGACGUUACAAAAUAAACAUGCUCUUGCUUGUAUGCGAGUAUGCACUGUUUGUAUGCAUUAGGAGCAGGCAUUUGAAACUUUAUUUGAGGAAACAAAGGGUGAUACAGCUGGCCUUAAAGAAACAUUCGCUUUAUAACUUGAAUUGGUCUUGUUUAGAGUAUACAGUCGCUUGCAUGAAUACAGUUGACUUCCGAUAACUCAAACCUUCAAGGGAAAUAGAAAAAAGUUCGAGUUAUCUGGAGUUCAAGUUAUCGGGAGCUCGAAGGAAAUAGCCGAGAGUAAGGUAAAAAACACUUUUCACUGCACAGUAAACAUUUUAAUCACAUUUAAUUGUAGAAAUGUCAAGUGAAAAUUAAAAGAUACUUCUAGAUUGUAAAUCAGAACGUAACAUAACAAAAGGUAGCCUAAACAGAGCAUGCCUUUUACUGUUUUGAGAAGUAAAGCUGCUUCAUGUUAGCCCGUGACCAUCAACAUUAGCCUCCACUAGUGAACUAUACUCCUACAACACAUCAAAAGGAAAUCCUAAAUUCUACGUUUCGGACGCCAGUAGAUGGCUUUUUUCCCGACUUUUUAAGGGCCCAAAACAUGGUUCAAGAUAUCGAGGGUAAAAUCAUAUAGAAAAUGACCUGAGGGGAAACGAGAAUUGGUUCCAGUUAGCGGGAUUUGAGUUACCAUGGGGUUCAAGUUACCGAGGGUAAAAUUACAGUGAAUGCAUGAUGGAAAUCCAGGGGAAAUCGAUUUUGGUUCGAGUUAGUGAGGGUUUGAGUUAUCGGGAGUCGACUGUAUAACCAUGCUGCGUUGUGUUACAGCCAUACAAAAUUAUCGAGAAAUCAGUCAUGGGUGAAUCUUUUGUUUUCCUUCUUGCAAGACUCAAUCCCCGACUUGAUUCUCGAUAGUUUGUUCUCCAUUCUCGAUUCUCUAUUUGCGCAGGAAUCGAAAAUCGUGAAUCGAAUUGAGACUCGCAAUGGACUGUCAACUUACUUUUGAACGGUACUGUAAUCAUAUGUGCUAAAUUAUUCCUACAAUGGUUGCUCACUGGUAUUCAUGAAAAUGUGAUACAGUCAAAGCUUUUGUAAUUUGGGCACUAAGGGGACAAUAGAAGGUGUCCAUAUUAACAGCUUGACUGUAUUGAGAAGGUGGAAUUUAGAGAAAGUGUAAUGGCUUUCUUUCCCCCAGGAACAAAGCAAACUCUCCAUAAUGAUAAGCUUUCUAAGUGGGCAUCUGUAAAGCAAGGUUUGAAUGUCAUGGGAAAUUGGUCUUUUCUGAAAAUAACUGAUGAGCAUUAUUGAAUAUUUUAAACUUUUGUUUCCAGAUCAGAUGCUACAGGAACACUGGACAAGGAUCUUCACAAGAGCCUCUGUUAUCUUCAGUACUGUAAGUGCUGUAUGUUUUGUGUUUUAAUCCAGCUCUUAAGCGAACCAGAUAAACAGAACUGUUUGGUUAAAAAUUUUAUUAAGCUAUACCAUGUACCUUAAAUUCUUUCAUUUGAAAAUUAUUUCACCAUCUAGUGUACCACAGUUGGGAGUUAAGAAUUUUAUCAAUCUUUAAUGACUGUUUCCAAUAAAACAGAAAAAUUAAAUAACGAAUUGUUUUGUAAAUAUCAUGCAAAAUAAAAGAGAAUAAUUCCAAAUUAAGUAAAACCCGCCUGUAAUUCCCAGUAAACCCUGUAACCACUAGUAGUACAGUAGCCCCCCUUUAACCAGCUGUAACCUCUUGUAUUCUCUUGUGACCCCCUGGGACCCCUCAUAACCCCCUGUAAUUCCUUGUUAUCCCUUAUAACCCUCCUUAAUGAAAAAGAAGAGUCAGACUGGUUUAGAAAUUGAAGAAACAAAUUAAAAAAAGAAAUUUGCCUUUAAGGGUAAUUAAUAAUGAUCUUGAUGCUCAACUGAAUAAAUGACUGACUGACUAACUGAGCAACUGAAUAACUGCCUGACUGACAGACAGAGCAACUGAGUAACUGACUGGGUGACUGGAUAACUAAGCAAUGUCAAGCAAUGUACUAACUGACUGGCUAUGUGACUGACAGACUGACAAAUCAAUUAAGUGACAAACUGACUUACUAACUGAGGAACUAGCUAAGUGACUGACUUACUUACUGACCAACUGACUGAUUGACUGACUGAUCAACUGAUUAAUUUGCUUUGCUACCCAUUUUGACUGACUGACUGAGCAACUAAGUUACAGGCUGACGGUCUCCCUGAAAGGAGGAUAUUACCAUCUUCCCAGCUUGCCUUGUGCCUUUUAUGGGGUGAUUUUUCACGGUCUGUGAGAUGAAAACAUGAAUCUUACCUAAAGUUUUGGAGAAAUUUCCGCUGCUUUAUGGAUAAGAAAUGGAGGUGAAGUAGGUCUUAGCGUAAUUUCUCAUCUUUGAUGUGGAUGACAGAAUGAUUUUGUGAUUAAUUUAUCCUGUUUUUUUUUGUAAGAUUUGACUGUGUGACCUUUCUCUCGUCAUGUGUAGCUGCUUAUCUACUGUAUACAUAGUAUUUUUGAAUAAAUAUUCAUUUCAGUGAUGAAACAAGGAGGCGAUUUAGAAUUGAGACAGAAAUCCACUCUAUCAUACUGAAAAACUUGGAAUGAACCCAGUCAACUCCUUUUGACUCCACAUUUUCCCAGACCAACCUGUAAUUCGAAGCAAUGUAACUAAAUUUCUUGGGGUGUACCUAGACAAACAUCUUACUUGGAAAUAUCACAUUAACUUUGUCUGUAAACAAAUCACUGAAUCAAUCAGUAUUUUAUCCAGGAUGUGUUUCUACUUAUCUUGUAAGACCAAACUCAUGCUGCACUACACAUUGCACUACACUCCAUGUGGUGGUCUAAUACAUAUCUAAUUUAAACAGAAUUUACUAUUUACAUAAGCGGGCUGUGCAAGCUAUUACUGCUCCUCUAUUCUCCAAGUUGGACUUUCCAGAUAUUUUCCAAGUCAUUACGCUCGAUACUGCAAAAUUUAUGUUUCGCGACCACAAUAAUCUGCUGCCUCCACUCUUCCACAAUCUGUUUAUGACAAACAGUCAAGUCGAUAGAUAUGACACCAGAACAACCAGUAAUCAUUGAGUGCAUUCCUGUUGUAAGAACACCAAGAAAUUUACAAUUCUUUGCAAAGGACCUAGAAUCUGGAACUAUCUUCCUGCAUCUUUUACAAACUUGUCAAGCUUUUCUAUAUUUAAGAACAAAGUGCUAGAGUUUUUAUUAAAAUGGUUAUUGAUCAGAAUUUGUUUAGCCCCACUUCUACGCAGCCCUUAUUUCUUAUAAUAUUGUGAUGUCGAGGUGGCCUCUCCUAUAAGCCUGGUGGUUUCUUGAAGUCUCCUCGCCUAACAACCUGCUGUAUCCUGUAAAAUUUUAUCAUCAAUGUGGAGUAUUUUUAGCGCUAUCUGUUAUGAUGAGAGACAAGCUCCCAUUGUGCACGGAGUGCAUUUGGUAAUAUUGUCGACAAGUUUCCUUUUAAAAAGCAUUAUUUUUCUUUUUCGUGCAUUCAGACAGGAGAUUACUGUAUCUGUAGUUACUGUUUUGUGGCAGUAGUGUUGAAAGUCAACAGUGUUUGAAGCUGCGAAAGGUGCAUACGUGUCGGUUUAUACACCAGCUCAGAAAUAGAUAUCUACUAGUCAUGUUAAUUACAAAUGUAUUAAAAAUCACGUAUGGAGUUUCUCACAGUCAGGUUCUUUUAUACCUUUGAUAUUCAAUGCAUAGUUUACUACAAAUUGCGUAGCCAGCAUUUGAGAAGUAUAAUUUAAUUUUUAUUUCAUUGCGGACCCCUGUAACAAGGGUUUAUCAGCUUUUAUUUAAAAGCGGUCAAACAAUCUCGAUGGAGAAUUUCAAUGGUUAACAAAAUCUUAGGCCUGAAAAGGGCAUCUGUAACUAUUUUGUGAAAUUCUAUAGUGUGAUUGAUACAGUUUAUGCAGAGUAUAUACUGGAUUAUUUCGUGUAUCUCUCUUGUGCCCUUGUGUUUUCCGUGUGGCAACACUUUCAAAUGAGUCAUACAGUGAGGUUUGGCCAUUGAUAAUAUAGUUUGAGCACAAUACAUGACAGGAAGAUGGUAAUAUAAUCCUCCUUUGUCUGCUUGUAACUGACUGACUGGCUGAUUGAAUGCCUGAUUAUAUAUUACUGACUGAGUGACUGAUUGAUUGAGCAACUUACAGUACCAAGAUACUGACUAAUCAAGCAACUGACUGACAGGCUGACUGUGCAACUGGGUACCUGACUGGCUGACAGAAUGACUGAUUGAGCAAUUAUCUGACUGACUGUGCAACUGGGUACCUGACCCACUGAUAGAAUGACUGAUUGAGCAACUGACGGACUGUGCAAUUGGGUAAAGGCUGGCUAACAGAAUGACUGAUUGAUCAACUGACUAACUGACUGACUGUGCAACUGGGUACCUGACCUGCAAAAAGAAUAACUGAUUGAGCAACUGAUUGACUGACUGACUGUGUAACUGGGUACCUGACUGGCUGACAGAAUGACUGAUUGAGCCAUUGACUGAAUGACUGGCUGACGGUAAGCAACUGACUGACUGGGACUGACUGGUGUCUGCAAAGCAGGGGUCAAUUUAAUAAAACCUUCACGAGUGUAAUUUACAAGUGUAUCCAUUGUUUUAGAGUCUGGGCAAAAUAUGGACUUUACUCCAUUCUAAUGAGCUUUAAUUUUCUGUUUUCUUGUACAGAGGUUUAUGAUAACAAGAAUUGAACCAAAAGAAAGUUAUACUAAUACAUAUGAAACAAAGAAAUGUACACAGGGAAAAACCUUAAUAAAUUAAUUAAAGGAAUUUAAAAAAUUCACACAUGACAGUAAAGAUAUAUCCAAACUGUGAAGGACAAAACAUAAAAUACAGCAAUCGUAUACAAGUGAUCCUCAAAUAAUGGUCACAAGUGUUACUCAAAAGGGUAGGAUAAGUAAAAAUUAAAUUAAGCCCAUGGAACUGCUGGUCCUAAAUCAUUGGAAACAGUCUGAAACAAUAGCUACACUUGCAAAGUUAUAUUUGUAAAAGUUCUAUAAAAUUGAUAUCAGAAGUGUUAUUUGCUACAACAGUCAAGGGGAGGAUGUUUAUAAAUAUUAUAAUCAUAUGUGGUAAAUUAUUCCAACAUGGUUGCUCACUGGUAUUCAUGAAAAUGUGAUGCUGUCAAACUUUUUUAAUAUUGACACUAAGGGUGCCAUAGAAAGUGUCCAUAUUCACAGUUUGUCUGUUGUCUGAGGAGGUUGAAUUUAGAGAAAGUUUAAAGGCUUUCUUUUCCCAGGGACCAAGCAUACUGUCUGUAAUAAUAAGCUUUCCAACAAAGUGGGUGCCUGUAAGCUAAGCAGGGUUUGAAUGUAAUGGGAAAUAGGUCUGUUCUGAUAAUCACUGACGAACUUCAUUGAGUAUUUUAAACUUUUGUUUCCAGAUCAGAUGCCACAGAAAGACUGGAGAAGGACUUUCACGAGCAAAGAGCCUCUGUUAUCUUCAGUACUGUAUGUGCUUUAUGUUUUGCUUUGUAAUCCAGCUCUUGAGUGAACCAGAUAAACAGGGUUGUUGGCCAGGUGAUUUUAAAGUUUGAUUUAGUUAAUCCAGGGGAAAGCUGUUGUAACACAACUUAUUGUACUUAAUUCUUUCAUUUCAGAGUUAUUUCACCAUCAAGUGUACCACUUUUGGGAGUAAAAGUUUAUCAAUCUUACUUUUUCCAAUAAUACAACAACAACAACAACAAUAAAAACUAAAAAAACCGUGAUAAAUAAAAUGCAAAAUAAAAGAACAAAAUUCCAAAAUAAAAUUAAAUCAAGUACAGUUGUACAGCUUGGUGAACAUUGUUUAUAUUAUGGUGAAAAUAAAAAUUUAACCCAGGAUCAUUCAAUUGAGUGUAGUUCUGAACAGCUACAGCUGUUGGUGAUUCAGUAACUGGCAUUUCAAAAGUGUAUAAAAGAAAUCAACAGGGUCGAACAAAUAUUUUAUUAUUGACUUCUGAAUAAACGAUCUUGGUACUUCAAGACCAAGCAAAUAAAAUCAUUAUAUUUGAAGGGAUGCAUUUAGCAUUUCUGUUGAACUUUGUAUGAAUUAGACAUUUUGCAUUAAAUAUUGCUUGCAAAUACAAGUUUUGUCGGCAGGAAAUCAUAAUACAAAGACAGCUCAAACUCGUUGAAAUCUGUUUGGUUUCAAGAACAAUGAUAGUUUGAUUGACUGCUAAAAUUCCAAGAGACGUGCACUUGUUGGUGAAGUACUUAUUAUCAGAAAGCCAAUGCAAAAACCGUGGACAAUUUCAGUUUUCUCCUGGAUUAGCAUUUAUCAACUUUGUUCAACUGUGUCACACAUUUGAAACAAUAGCCAAGUUCUGCUGUUAUAAUAAUAAUAAUAAUAAUAAUAACAAUAAUAAUAAUAAUAAUAAUGAUUAUUUGAAUUAUUAUUAUAAUUAUUAUCAUGUUAUUAUAGUACCUGUUAGUGUAGAUAUGCAAUCCACAUUGUACCCUCAAAUUUCUUGCCACAUUGAUCUAUUCAACUGA